AUUUAAAGAAGGAUUAUUUUUUGGCCGUGGUGGGGAUGCUGUUACUGUACGUGGUGCAAAGCAGAUAGCGCAGCAUGAUCUGCUUGGGGGCUGUUUUUUAAAUCGACGUAAUACAAACUCUCCAGCUGAUAAUCAAUUCAAACCAAGAUUCCUUUUUUUUAAGGCUGUCGGGUGGUCAUGUGGUUUAUAAAGUGACGUAACGUGGCUUGAUAAAACGAGAAAACGCGACGUGAAAGUGAUCGGCUUCAGCUGUACGUUACACUACGGGCUCUCCAGACGCGUGUCUACAGGAUCGACAGUAUUUGCAAAUCAGGCGGCAGAUCCAGAGAGCUGACUAGCUACAGUACCUGCCACACGUGUUGAGGCAACGGGUCCUGCGUGCAGGAGGGGCGCAGCGACAGUCCAAGCAGUGCCGUUUCCCGCAGAGGUACAGACAGAGAGACUCUUCGGCUGAGCUGCUCCGAGCCCGAAUUGCCAGCUUGAUUCGUUUAUUGAUCGCUUGAUUGAUCGAUUGGUUUCCUCAUCGAUCGGUGCCAUCAUGGAGAGUGCGGGCAACGGCACGGCAGCAGGGAAUCACCUUGCCUCCCCGCUGCUACAGAACGGCACGUAUUUCUGCAGGAACCUCAGCGACCUGUUACUGCUGGAAGGCAACCUGUCAAAGUGUGACAGGGCGGACGCUCUGAACAAGGGCUCGACUCCCAUGGUCAUCGCGAUAAUCAUCACAGCGCUCUAUUCCAUAGUGUGCGUCGUAGGACUGGUGGGCAACGUGCUGGUCAUGUAUGUCAUCAUCAGAUAUACGAAAAUGAAAACCGCGACCAACAUUUAUAUUUUCAACUUGGCCUUGGCAGAUGCUCUGGCUACAAGUACUCUGCCCUUCCAGAGCGUGAACUACCUGAUGGGCACCUGGCCUUUCGGCGACGUGCUCUGUAAGGUUGUGAUGUCCAUUGACUAUUACAACAUGUUCACCAGCAUCUUCACUCUCACCACCAUGAGCGUCGACCGCUACAUCGCCGUAUGUCACCCCAUCAAGGCCCUGGACUUCCGGACCCCAAGGAAUGCCAAGAUCAUCAACGUCUGCAACUGGAUUUUGUCUUCCGCCAUCGCCCUGCCCGUGAUGAUAAUGGCAACCACAACCAUGGAAUACAGUGCUCCAGGAUUCACAGACUGCACUCUGAAAUUCCCUCACCCCUCCUGGUACUGGGAGAACCUGCUGAAGAUCUGUGUGUUUAUCUUCGCCUUCAUCAUGCCGGUGCUCAUCAUCACGGUGUGCUACGGGCUGAUGAUCCUGAGGCUGAAGAGCGUCCGGAUGCUGUCCGGCUCCAAAGAGAAGGACCGUAAUCUCCGCCGGAUCACCCGCAUGGUCCUGGUGGUGGUGGCCGUGUUCAUCGUCUGCUGGACGCCCAUCCACAUCUUCGUCAUCAUCAAGGCCUUGGUCACCGUUCCCAACUCCCUGCUGCAGUCCGUCACCUGGCACUUCUGCAUCGCCCUCGGCUACACCAACAGCUGCCUCAACCCCGUCCUCUACGCCUUCCUGGACGAAAAUUUCAAGCGAUGCUUCCGAGAGUUCUGCAUCCCAGCCGCCUCGGCUCUGGAGCUGCACCAGUCCAGCCACACCCGGCACGCCAACCGCGAGCACAACUCCAGCGGCCACACGGCAGAGCGCUCCAACCACCAGGUAUGACUAGCCGUGGAGAUGUCAUCGCUGGACUAUCGCUCGCAGCCCGCUGAUGACAUGAAUUCGGAGAUCACACAGGUUACCACAGGGCUUUAGCUAGUCCCAGCCUCGAGCGCACUGCCAGCUGUUGGAAUGGCUGAUGGCUGCAGCUCAGAGCCUCUCUUGAUGCUUUCCCCCUGACUUACUGGGUGUCAAGGGUGUGGCCUUUGAAUGUGCUUCAUGCCAGCCCUGUGAGACUUUCAGCCAGGUCAGGCAGAGCUGUUUCACUGAACAGCGUGAACAGUCAAGCAUUUCAAGGGAAAAACAAGCCAAACCACAGUUGCGUCAACCUGUCAAGCAGUUGUUUAACAUACAUUGGCUGUAUGUACCCAGUCAUACUCUUCUGGCGUGUGAUAAACUGUGCCCUACCUUGUGGUCCCAGAACAGCAAAAUGCUACAGCGUAUUCAAGGACUGGGAAUGUAAAUGAAUCUUUCUUCUUACUUCAGACUUUUUUCCAGAGCAGAACAUUCUGGAAUCCCUGAAAAGACCUUUAACAGAACCUUUAAGAAUUGAACCAAAAAAUGAAUUUUAAUGUAACUCCAAGCCAGCGUGUCUUUUGGGAAGGGCAGUGCAACUGUUCAGGGGAUUGCAUGUGCGCCAGUACAUUCACUGAGAGUACCAGCUCUUAAUUUAUUGGUGACCAAACAGAUCAUCUCCUCUUGGGAAAUGCAGAGAUAUGCUUUUAUAAGCAUUUAUAAGCAUUUUCAGUUGGAUAUUCUCUUAGUAUCCAAGUGACAAUUUUUUUAUAUUGUAUUGUCAAACAACCUGGCAGUACAUUUGACAUUUAACUUUGAUAAACAGGUAACUAUGAGCUGUUGAUUGAAGUUAUCAGUUGAGGAGAUUCAGAGGUCUUUGGAAAUUUAUACAGAUGUUUUUCCACUUACAGACUGCUGUGUAUAAUUCCUUUCCACUGAGGGCACAUUGCUUUGGUCAUUCAGACCUUUCAGCUAAAGAUUGUUAUUGAAGCUUUACAUGUUAUUUAUUGAACAUCUAAGCUUACGAUGCUCUUGUUUAGAUAUUUUGUACAGAAAGGGUGGAUUUUUACUUUUUUCUUGCUCUUUCUCACAGUUUGACUUCUUUGCAGCUCCUGAUCAGAAUAUUGUAUUUUUGUAUUUGAAAGAUAUUCUGUAUUAGUAUGUAUAACCUGUCCUUUCUGGGCAUCCAUUAAAGUUACUGUGUAUUGUGAUUUUGUACAGUGGGCUCUGAUAGAGGAAAGGCUUGGACACUGCCACUGGCCGAUGAUUGAUUGAUUGAAAUUCUCAGAUGUUAUACCAUUCCACUGGAAAGCUGUGCUAAUGCAGAAACAAUAUACAACGGAAUCAUAUUGUUGACGUUGCCUUCUAUUUUAGUGCAAGUUUCUCAAACACUUACAGUAUAUCUCACUUCUUGUUUUUGUUCUACACAGCCUUUAAAUUCCUGAUUAAUUAUUCAACAAGUUGUACUACUUUGGCACUUCUUGGCCCUAUUAUCUGUGCUAUCAGCAUACCAGAUCAGCACAGCAAGUAAAGAAUUGCCCCACAGCUCAGUGCUUAGUACUAUAAGAUACAAUAAUGGGGCUCUAGAGUGCGGAAAAGAGGCCAAAUGAUGACUGACACCAGGCAAGAUGUGUUUUAAAUGAUUAGUGACUUCAAUUUGUAUUUACAAGAAACAAUUGCUCAUAAACAGAACCCGUGUCUUCAGACUCUUUUUUUUAUUCACAUUUUUCCAAUGAAAUAACGAACAAUGUUUUCUUACACUGCACAACAUAUUUGAUUUCUGAAGGUCGCAACACAUCCAACCCAUUCUCAAAGUUCAGCACAACUCUUUCUCAAAAGCUUGGGUGUGAAGAACGAGGACUUUGUGUCGUGUGGAAGGGUUUGAAUGGUUUUCUUUAUGCUUCAGAGUUUGCCUUUCGUGUUUUAUUUUUACCGGAUUGAAGAAAACAAACAGCACACAUUUUCUGCUCAAUUCAGGGUUGUAUAAGCGUGACUUCAGGUCCCUACAAACUACAGGCUAUAAGGAUAAAGGGUGAUAAAGGUCUCCAUAUAAGAGAAAAAUUACUAUACUUCUCUUUACUUUUUGAAGAAAAGAGAAGGGUUUGAUUUAAACCUCUGUAUCGGAUUUUGCAGACAGUAAUUUACCUUGUCAGAUCCUGUCCUCCAUUUGUGAAAUAGCCUGAAAGUGACUUAUUCAGAUGGGUGCCUUCAGUCUCCAUUGUAUCUAUUGUAACUAUUGUCGUGUGUAAACUGAGCACCAUGAAACUGACUGUUCUUUGUAUUUUAUGUUGUAAAUUAAAAGUAUACAGUUGAUGUGUGGCUAAUUAAGCACUGGUGAAUGUACAUGUACAAAACUUCUUACAUUCAAGUUAUUAUGUUUUAUUUUCAGAAUUCUGAAAUUUGCAUGACAUUGUGUUUGACAUUUACAUUUCUGAAAAGUAUAUUUACGUCAUUAAAUGUCUUAAUGGAUCCCAUAUUUUUUAUGUUUCAG